CACAAUCACACACACACACAUUUGCAAUAGCACGCUUCUCUUAAUUUAGCCAAAUACAAAAAAGAACCAGCUUUUUUUUUUUGGGCCCCAUUAGCGGUGUCGUUGUUGUUGCACUGGUGCUAUAAGAAUAAAAGGCCACGCGAUGAUAAGCUUUCUGUUCAUUGUAAAUCGCGCUCUCAGCAGCAGCGCGCUGACCUCCGUAUCGAGCAAGAAGAUGUCCGCCCCGGGACCACGCCCCCUCGUCCUCUGCGGCCCCUCGGGAUCUGGAAAGAGUACGCUCCUGAAGCGUCUGUUCGCCGAAUUUCCCAACACCUUCGGUUUCAGCAUAUCCCAUACCACGCGAAAGCCACGGGAAGGUGAGGAACAUGGUGUCCACUACUAUUUCGUGGAACGCCCCGAAAUGGAGGCGGCCAUCGCCGGCGACGAGUUCAUCGAGACGGCCGAGUUUACGGGCAACAUGUACGGCACCAGCAAGGCGGCGGUGCGGGAAAUCCAGGCACAGGGAAGGGUCUGCAUCCUGGACAUCGAACAGAAGGGUGUGGAGCAGAUACGCCGCACGGACCUCAAUCCCAUCCUGAUCUUUAACAAUCCCCCGAGUAUCCAAGAACUGGAACGACGGCUACGUCUACGCGGUUCCGAAACGGAGGAGUCGCUGAAAAAACGCCUAAAUGCUGCCCAAGUGGAACUGGAUUAUGGUCUGACGCCCGGUAAUUUCCACAAGAUUAUCAACAACGUGGACAUCGAUGUGGCCUACGAGGAGUUCCGAAACUUUGUGGUCCAGGAACUCAAGCAGCAGGAGAUCCAAGGAGUGCCCAUCAGCUUGAAUUAAGUGAAAGGACUGUAAGAACCAGUGUGCAAUGAUAUUAACCUCAGUAGGGUGGAGUAAAUAGUUAUUUUAUUAGAGCACGAUUCGAUGGUAAGAAAAGUAAUCCAUGAAGUUUAUUUUUCAUUGGAAGGCAUAGGCCUGGUAUUUAAAUGUAUUUCUUAAAAUUAAAGGAAAAUAAGAUUCUGUUAGGAUGGUUAAUAUUUAGUUAAAACUCCAAAAGCUUAAGAAUUAUAGUGUCAGUAAUUUCCUUUUCUUCGCAUAUUCAUUUUCCUUUACUAUAAUACCUUUUUAUUCAGAGUAAAGAUAGGUAUUUUAGAUUUAUUAUUUUUUUAAUAACAGAAAACAAGUUUUAUUUGGAUAAAAUAUGUACUAACUAUUUUCACAGUAAGCAAUUUAAUAUAAAUUAGACUAAAGCAUUGUUUUAGUUGUUAUAUUCUUUUAAAACAUUAAAUUCGAUUUUUUGCUAGUUCAGUUCUUUGCUGUAGUAGAUUUUUUAAUAAUUGUUGGAAAAAGUAAAGAAUUUUUUUGUCAGAAGAGGAACAUUUCAAAAAAAAGUGGAUCCACAAUUUCGAGUAAAGUUAAACAUUUUUAUUAAAGACCGCCAAAGUUAACCCAAUUAGAGGUGCAAACUUGACCUAUUAUUUGCAAUGAAAACGUGCCAUAGAUUACUUUUCGUGCCAGCGAUUCCGAAAACACCCACCCUAAAACCACGUUGACUAAUGGCAUUUAUACUUAAGGAAUGGCUUGUAUUUAUUAAUCUCCUCCUGUCCACCUCACUGUUGUGCAAAUUCGUUGUUGUAGUUGUUACUUUAAGCUGAAAGUUGUUGCGCCGCUUCACGGUUGGUUGAAAAAAAAAAACCGGGGAAGGCAAUUAAAAUGGAAUCAAUAAAGCAAACAGUUUGCGGGUAUAUUGUA